AGCUAUGACAGGUUAAACUUUCUAAGUUUGACCGGGUACCCUCUACCGGAAGGGGUUACAUUCGCAGAGGGGAUGCGUCGCGGGGACCCAGCGUUCCAUCUGGACAGAGACACAAACAUUGGCCGUCUGGCAGAUUAUAUCUUUCCCCUGGACUUCACCGAGAGGUUUUCGGACUUCACCCUCCUGGUGACGUUCAAGCCCGAGUCGGAGGACGUGGGCCCAUUACUCGUGGUCACCGACAACCUUCAGACGACGGUCAUCCUGGCACUCAACGUGACCCGAGCCGAGGAGGGCCGCCAUCGAGUCACGCUUCUCAUGACGGACGUCUCGGCGGGGACUCCCAGCAAGGCCUCCUUCGUGGUACCCUCCCUGACCGGCCACUGGUCCCAGUUCUCGCUGAGCGUCAUCAACGACAUGGCCACCUUGUUCUUUAACUGCAGCACGUACACCAGCACGUCGCUGAUGCGGCCGGAGGGCUGGAAGCUGGCCAUUCCGCAGCAGGCCGCGGUCUUCGUCGGCAGCCAGGGAUUUGCACUGGAUAAUACGGCCACGUUUGCGGGUACGAUUCAGACCUUGGAGAUGUCCAACGACCCGGAUGAGGCUGAGUUGGGCUGUGAUGAUGGUGACCAGGAGCUUCGCAAGCAAAGGCUCUACAAACGAGAAACUUCAUCUUCCAAUCUCGCCGACGCUUUAAUAACAAACAAAGACAUCCCAACUUUGCCAACAAACUCUAAGCAGAACGGAAUUGUGACCUCAGGCAAUAACAAUGGAGGAGUAAAGUCCAAGUUUGGCAGUGCUGAAGGGAGUGGACUUAAAGCAACGGAAGAAACUGAAAUGUUUAGUGGCAUGUUUGACAGCACCUCAGCGCCAUCCUCAGAGACAGUAAAGCCUACCAUGACAUCUACUGGGGAGGGAAUUAAUCCAAAUUCAGUGUCUCCAGAUUUCAUCCAUGGAAUGGGAUCGACUACAGAAGCACCCACUGAAAUGAGAACGGCCUCGGUGUCACCCUCUGGAAUUACAAAGGCAGCAAGUGAUUCCCCCUCUGAAAUGGGAAGGACCACCAAAACCCCCGCUGAAAUGAGAACACCUUCCAGUUCUCCCUCUGGAAUGGAAACAGCUUCUAAAGCAUCCUUGGAAGCAUCUUCCAAGACUCCCGAUGACAUGGGAGUUUCUUCUAAGGUGACCUCUGGAAUGGAAACAGCUUCCAAAUCAUCCCCUGUCGCGGCAACAACUUCUGAGACGCUUGUGGAGAAACCAGCCACGAAGAAACCUGUCACACUUCCAAGACCUGAGCCAGAGUCUAACACGAGCCCAAUCACCCCUUCUGUAACGGACUCAGUCGCGUCAGCGUCACCAACAAUGCAGCCAGCCACACUGCCAACAAUGGCUCCUACGGAGUCGCCAACGACACAGUCACCAUCAAGAGGACCGAUGGUGACAGUCCAAGACGUCUUAUCUCCAGGAAUGGUGUCUGAUGGCCAGGACAGAAUGACAGUCACCCCUACAACACCACUUGUCAGGGUUAUGUCCGAAACUCCCGUACCAACCGAGAAAGACAUGUCCACCCCAGCAGGCAAGGCCACGCCCGCCCCUGACAAGGCCACGCCCGCCCCUGACAAGGCCACGCCCGCUCCAGUGGACAAAGUGGCCACCACAGUAACCAUUGCCACAGUUGCUCCGGUAACGUUAGCCACGCCCACCCCGAUCGUCAAAGUCAUCAGCGGGUCGCCGGGAGUACCGGGCGUUGCGGGGGAACCCGGCCCCAAGGGUGACCCAGGGGUGGAUGGGAAUGAUGGCCUCCCAGGGGAAGAUGGGGGUCAGGGGCCCGCUGGGGUAGCAGGUGACAAAGGAGAGAAGGGAAUGAAGGGUGAAGCAGGUAAAGCAGGACCCAAAGGCGAUCUUGGGGAUCCAGGUUUGUCGGGACCCACCGGCCCAGAGGGGUUGCCGGGCGCGGCCGGCCCACCCGGCGAUAAAGGGGUGCAAGGGGAUACGGGACCAAUCGGGCCUGGCGGAACGAAGGGAGUAAAGGGUGAGCCUGGGAUUGGACUGCCUGGCCCGUCUGGUCUGUUCGUGACCCCUGACCCAGAAACAAUCCGAGGACCCAAAGGAGACCAGGGAGAGAAAGGAGAGGCUGGACCAAAAGGAGAUAAGGGUGACCAGGGUGACAUCGGCCCAGUUGGACCCGAAGGAGAAAGUGGCCCACAAGGAGACAAAGGAGAGAAGGGUGAGGCUGGUGUUGGGUUGCCCGGACCACAAGGAUCGGUGGGACCCCAAGGACCCGAAGGGCCGCAAGGUGAAACGGGACCACUCGCUGAGCUACCGGAGUUCUUUGACUUAUUUGAAGGAUCAGGAUUUGAGGAUUUCAGGGGGCAGCUAGGCCAGAAGGGCAAAGAUGGCCAACCAGGGCCAGUGGGUCCAGAGGGUCCCAUGGGGCUAACGGGCCCACAAGGCCCCCAGGGGAUCCAGGGGGCUCCUGGUCCUCCAGGUAUGCCAGGGGUGCCGGGCACACCAGGCCGGCCUGGGACGGUAGCCAUGAACUACACUGGGCCAGAUGGACCCUGCAGCUGCCGGGAUGGAUUGAACGGUAGCCAGGGGCCACCUGGGAUACAGGGUCCUGCUGGCCCACCUGGUACCCCAGGGAGAAAUGGAACUGCAGGAACUCCUGGUGAAAAUGGGAAGCCUGGUGUUCCAGGUAUUGAGGGGCCCGCUGGAAUGCAGGGAGACCCCGGUAUGGCGGGGCCACAAGGCCCACCAGGCCCACCAGGGAAAGUGUACAUCAUGCCCUCGGAAAUGACACCAACGGCAAUCUCCAAAAUGCUCACAGAUGGAGAUGCCCUAACUGGAAGUGGAUUUAUGCCUUUGACAAAGUCACCAAUUGAUGGUGGUGGAGAACUCAUCACCGGUGAACCAGGUCCCCCUGGGCCCCAGGGACCUCCAGGCCCAGCUGGUGAGCGUGGUGACCGUGGUGAGAUAGGUUUACUAGGGGAGAGAGGGCCGAAGGGCGACGUCGGACCUGCUGGGCCCAAAGGAAUGCAGGGAAUUCAAGGAGACACUGGACCACCAGGCCCAUCGGGUAAACAUGGUAAAGACGGUAGAGAAGGCCCUCAAGGAAAACAGGGCGAGCCAGGCAUUGGCGUGCGAGGACCUAAAGGCGAUGUAGGACCAGAAGGACCUGCAGGAACACCUGGGAAAAAUGGCAGUAUGGGAUCCCUAGGGCUACAGGGACCGCCUGGCCCACCUGGCCCUCCUGGUGAAAUGAUGAUUGAUAUGGAUGGUCACAUGGCUGAGAGGGGUGAAAAGGGAGACCGUGGUGAAGUCGGCCCACCUGGACCCACAGGACAGAAGGGUGAUGGUGGUCUGAACGGAAUACCAGGUUUCCAUGGUGACAAGGGAGAUGCUGGAGAACGGGGACCUGCCGGAAUAGACGGAAUAGACGGCCUGAAGGGUGAAAUGGGACUCAAAGGUGAUACAGGAUCAGAAGGUACCCCAGGACGUGAUGGGUUGAAUGGAUUGCCCGGACCUAGAGGACCUCAGGGCCCGAAGGGAGACCCAUACGUUCCUGACGACACCACGAUGUUGUUGUACAAGGGAAUGCGUGGCCCUAGAGGACCACGAGGACCCAAGGGGCACUUCGGUAUUCCUGGAAGACCGGGUAGCCAUGGUGACAGUGGACCACCUGGUUUGCAGGGACCACCGGGAAUUAAUGGCCGACCAGGUAUAGGCCUUCAAGGUGGAAAGGGAGAGCAGGGUAUGAAGGGUGAGAAAGGAGAGCCUGCUAUCUAUGGGACAGAUGGGACAGAUACUCCCAUAGCCCUUGGGAUAAAGGGUGAAAAGGGAGAUUCAGGCGAACGUGGACUUUCAGGGAAACGAGGACCAGCAGGGCCACAGGGAGUUCCAGGUUUCCCAGGAGUAAACGGCUUGCAUGGGCCGAAGGGAUUAAUGGGAGACAAAGGAGAGGAGGGUAGACCAGGAGCCAUGGGUCAUCCCGGUGUGGACGGUGUGCCCGGCGGUGAAGGACCUCAAGGACUAAAGGGCGAAAAGGGUGACCCUGGUAUUGGCGUGCAGGGUGACCAGGGCAGAUCCGGAUCACCAGGCCCUCCAGGCUUUGGCGUGCCUGGUAUUGAUGGGCCAGAAGGGCCCCGAGGACCUCCGGGCCCGCCAGGACCCCCAGGAGCCCAAAGUUUUCCUGAAUCACCGGAUGGCUCCUACAUACCAAUAGAGGGCCCACCAGGACCCCAGGGGUUCCCUGGCUUGGACGGGCAGCAAGGCAGACCUGGCCAGACUGGGCCCCAGGGCCCCCAGGGUCUGCAAGGCGAGAGAGGGCCAAGAGGAUACCCAGGGACAGGUAGUGCUGGUCAGUUGACAUCCUUCAGGUCCAUCAAUGAUAUGAUUCAUCAAGGGGCUAGUCUUUUGCCGGGCACCAUUGCGUUUGUUGCCGAUGUUCAAGAGCUGUAUGUGAGAAAAGAUAACGGAAUGACGCAAAUAUUGCUCGGAGCUACAUUUAACCUAGACCCUGUACAACCUCCUCUUCCCACCACUACCUCUACUCCAUCUCAACAAACUCACUCUACUACAGAGAAAGUGGUCACAGUCCCAACCACAAAGCCCAACCUUCCCGGACCCGAGAUCCCACUUGGCGAUCAGCCGAUGCUGUACAUGUAUGCUUUAAACAAACCAAUGACGGGAGAUCGUAGGGAGGGCCUGCCUGGUGCAGACCACCACUGCUAUCAGCAGGCCCAGCAGGCAGGACUCCAUGGAACAUACCGGGCGUUCCUUUCCUCCAAGGUCCAGGAUGUCAGGUCCGUGGUCAACAGGGACUACCAUCAUCUACCAGUGGCCAACGCCAAGGGUGAAAUCAUGUUCGAGUCGUGGUCAGGUAUCUUCAAUGGAUCAGAAGCCUCGUUUGAUAGUGAUAAACACAUCUACUCAUUUAAUGGCAAAGAUGUCAUGACAAGUGAAGAAUGGGACCAGAAGUAUGUAUGGCACGGCUCGUACGUGGACGGCAGUCGAAUGAUGGACAGCUACUGUGAGGAGUGGCGCACGCAGGACUACGAUGCCAACGGCCAAGCCAGCCCACUGACCAGCCACAAACUACUAGGCCAAGAAACGCAGCUAUGUAGUAACGCUCUGGUAGUGCUAUGCGUACAGGUAUCGCCAGAUACUUAAGAAUAAUAAUAGUCGAGAGGGCUGGUUUAAUUACAAACUCUUAUUUUGGGUUCAGAUUUUGACCUCCGCAGUUUAUGAUCUUUUGAUUGUUUUAUUAUCAAGCCCAUUUGAGGAGCCCGUUUGAGAUUGGCCACAUGGGCGCCAGUAGUGUACACUUUUGGGGGUUGGGAGUUGGGAGUUGGGAGAAACGAGAAACAGAAGAAAAAAUUACUUCAUGAAAGGCUUUAUUGAAAGAUAAUUCUGAGAUUAAACCAGCCUGUUUGUUUGUCUUUUCAUUUUUUCCUUUUGUACAAAAAAAAAAAGAACAUUGCAAUCAUUUUUGGGUGCUACGAGUCGUUUGACACAUUUUAUGGACAUAAUUACGUGCGAGUGCCUUAAGUCAAACAUUUUUAGUGUAUUUUUUAACUUGUGUACGUGUAUUUCAGAUAUUUUUUAUGGGUUUUUACGUUUAUACAAUGCUGCUGCAGUUACUUCUAAACAUGGAACGUCACUGUUUGCAAGAGGCUUAAACCAUUUCUUUCCGUUGUAUUUUUCCGUUUGUAUAGUUAACCUAAUACAUUUUUUAUUUAUAAACUUUGGAGUUGUUGUGGAAAGUGCUAAGAAUUUUGUUUUUCUUUCUAUAUUUGGACCCUAAAUUGACCCGUACUGUGUCAUGCAUGCCGUACCCUUGUAGAACUUACAUAAAAUUGGUUUGAAUUGUACAUUUGUUAUUUUCUGUCUAGCUUUUAGUAUUGUCUCAGUUGUAUUAAAUAGUGUUCUUUCAUUGUUUUUUGGACAAA